AUGCAACUUAUACCUCAGCGGGGUAAGGAUCCCAUCGAAACUACACGUGAAAAUGUAAUUAAUAAAUUACGCAAUAUGAUAGUUACAAGACAAGUUGUAGUGAAGUUUUUACCUGGUCCGCUCGAAGUAGAUCGAGUUGAUCACGGUAGAACCCCACGCCCAAUCCUGAGCACUGUGGCUACAAGAUCACUAGUUAAUCUUAAUAAAUCCUCCCAGAUUAGUAUUAAUUUAAUCUUCCCAGACGAUUUUGUACCAGAAUUACUUGUGACAAAUAUUUUACAUAUACAGUCUCAAUUUAUAUUUUGCCCAUGUUUCAGUAUGCAGAAUACUACCCAUCAUCAGUGCUCCAAAUCAACUCCUAUUUCCACCCUUUUAUGUGAUGAAAAUGAUGAUAAAUCUUCUUUUCUUCAAGAUUUUGAUGAAAACCCAUUAAUUAUAUGCACAAAUACUUGUUAUUUUGAUCCAAAUUUUACCAUUUUUGAACAAUUUGAAGAUGAUGAUCACCAUAUUAACAUACUUCUUCAAAGGGAAAUCAGUUCUAAUUUCAUUCACAAGCCUCAUAUUUCUGCUAAUUCUUCAAGUUUUUUUAGAAAUUAUGCUAUCAGUUACAUUUUCCAUAUGGGAGCAUUGCUUGGAUUUCAACUUCAAACAACUUAUUUAUCAGUCUGCUAUUUUGAUCUUUUCCUUUCAAAAAGAAGCAUAGAUGAGGACAAGACAUGGGAAAUACAAUUGGUUUCAAUAGCAUGCCUGUUAGUUGCUGCAAAAAUGGAAGAAAUUAGGGUUCCAAGUUUAUCGAAAUUCCAAGUGGGAGAUUACAAAUUUGAGCCUAAAAGCAUUCUAAGGAUGGAAUUCUUAUUACUUGAUACAUUGGAAUGGAAAAUGGGAAUUAUUACUCCUUUUGCUUAUUUGCCUUGUUUCAUGAACAAAUUGACCGUCCAACAACCAUCAAAAGCCCUUUCAUCAACUAUUUUAAAGCUUAUAUUAGCCUUCUUGAGAGAGAUUAAUUCAAUGGAUCAUCACCCAUAUGCUAUAGCAAUUGCCUCCAUAUUUGGAGCAUUGGAUACAAAUUUGUCAAGACAUGAAGUUCAGUUAAAGAUCAAUGCCAUUCCAUUUUGUAAAUUUCUUGACAUUGAAAAUAUCCUUACUUGCUACAACAAAAUGCUACAAAUAAAGAUACACAAAAUCAAGGUUUCAAAAUGAUAAUUUAUGCAAUAAUCUUCGACUUUGCUGAAGUACACAUAUUUUCUCCGUUUCUUUUUAAAAAAUACAUUUCUUCUUUUAUAUAUAAAUUAAAGUUUUUAAAAGAAACGGGCCGGGAGAUUAUAUUAAUAUAAGUCUAUAAGCAUAUUUAUUUUCGCUUUAUAUACAAAGUUUGCUAGGGUUUGUGUUUGGUACUAAAACUACAUGAUUUGGUCACAUUUAAGUUGAUUGAUAAGCAGGAAUGCCUUGUGAAAGAAAAGCAGAAGUUAAAGGAGUGAAGCUUUUAGGGUACACACCAGCUCAAUGUCCCUACACAAUGAAAAUAAUUUCUUCUUUGUAAUUUAGUUUAUAAAUCUUCCAUAUGGUUUUAGUAAUGUUUUGUAUCUAAUAUAGACUAGCUUUAAGAUAUAUGGUUUCUGCCUAGA